AAGAAAUUAUUGUAACGCAUGGGCACACGGCUAUAAAUACAGCCAACAACUUGUAUUAUUAUCCUGACAUUUCCAUCAGCCAAAAAUGACAAAACUAAAUGGUCAAAGAUUAUGGUGGUGGGAAGUGAUCAUGAACAACAAAGACGAGUUUUCUCUAGAAAUACUUGUUACCAUUGCAGUAGUCUUGUUGGCUGUUUUAUGGUACAAGUUUACACAUUCCAUCACCUCACCAUCAUUGCCACCAGGUCCCCGAUCCUUGCCAAUUCUUGGGUACCUCCCAUUUCUUGGUCCUGAAUUGCACAAACAGUUCACCAACAUGGCUAACACCUACGGUCCCAUCUUCAAGUUCCAUCUGGGAAGCAAAUUACAUGUCGUCAUAAACUCCUUAGAGUUAGCGAAAGAAGUGGUUCGUGACCAUGAUGAGAUAUUUGCUAACCGCAACCUAACAGUGGCUGCAUCGGUAAUAACUUACGGAGGCCAAGAUUUAGUAUGGUCCAUGAACAACUCAAACUGGCGUAAGCUUCGCAAGAUAUUUGUCCACGAGGCUCUAAGCAGCAAGAAUCUUGAAGCAUGUGGGUCUUUCAGAAUGGAUGAGGUUAGAAAAACCAUAAGGAAUGUGUUUAGUAAAAUCGGUACACCAAUAGACAUAAGCGAGAUUACUUUCAUGACACAGACGAAUGUCCUAACUAGUUUGAUUUGUGGUAACACAUCAGAUAGAGAGAAAAAUAAUAACCAUCUUGCAUCAGAGUUACAGACAGUGUCUGCGAACAUUGUUGAGAUUUUCGGACGGCCGAAUUUGUCUGAUUUCUUCCCUAUUCUUGCGUGGUUUGAUCUACAACGUAUUGAGAGGAACAUGAAGAAACAACUUCAUAAAAUGGAUCAAAUUACUGAAAGCAUGAUCCAAGAUGGAAUAAAAUCGAACUCCAAAAAGGCGCUUGAUGGUGUUGGUGAUCGUGAAAAAAAGAAAGAUUUUCUGCAGAUCUUAUUAGAUCUCAGAAGCCAAGAAGAUGGAACUUCGCUUAGCAUAACCCAAAUAAAGGCACUUCUCCUGGACAUUAUGGUUGCAGGAACAGAAACAACUUCAACACUAAUAGAAUGGGUGAUGGCGGAAAUUAUGAUGAACCAUCAAGUGAUGAAUGCAAUUCAAGAAGAACUAGCAAAAGUUGUAGGUCUAAACAACAUUGUGGAAGAAACUCAUCUCUCACAACUAAAAUAUCUAGAUGCGGUAGUUAAGGAGACACUACGGUUGCAUCCUGUAGUCCCUUUCGUACUCCCACGGUCGCCAAGCCAGGACUGUGUAGUAGGUGGAUAUACAAUUCCAAAGGGUUGUACUGUAUUCCUGAAUGUAUGGUCAAUCCAACGAGAUCCUCGAUAUUGGGACAAGCCUUUGGAGUUCUAUCCUAAGAGGUUCUUGAGUUACGAGAGUUCAAAAAAAUGUGAUUACAAAGGAAACAAUUUGAAGUUCUUCCCAUUUGGUUCGGGGAGAAGAUUGUGUGCAGGUUUACCCUUGGCUGAGAAAAUGACGCUGUUUAUCUUGGCUUCACUCCUUCACUCCUUUAACUGGAGCUUACCGAAGGGUGAAGAGCAUGAUCUCUCUGAAAAGGUUGGCAUAACACUAAAGAAGGUAAAACCACUCACCCUCAUACCAUCUCAAAGAUUGCCCAAUGCUAGCCUCUACAAUUAAUUGUGUUGUACUUUUCCAUAUGGAUAAGAUCCUAUGGAGAAAACAUUGACUUUGUGUUUGAAUGAUAAUUCUUGAAGCAUUUUAGAAUAAUGAUCUAUGUGUAAUCAUGUUGUUACAUUCAGGAAUUUAGUAUGGAACUUUUAAGUGAGUAUGGAAAUGGAACAAAAAUCUUAUUUUCA